AAAAAUGAAUUUGCAUUGAUUAAUCCCACUCAUACAAAAAAAUUCCUCAAAAUGAAUAAAAGUAAUGCAAGUCAGAAUAUGACGCAAACUAGCAAUAAUUAAAUGUUAAACAACACAAAUAUCAUUUAUGUAUUUAAUCCCAUUCUAUAAACCAAUGUCUUUGCUUCUGACCCUCGAUGAUCCAGUUCAACUAUACUAAAAAGCAAAAAAAUUACUCUAGACAAAUUAUUGUUGAAAUUUACAGACAUAAGUUCACUUUCCCUUCAGCCUGAGGCGUGUUCAUUUCACUUUUGGUGUGAAAAAGGCUUUUAUAUUAGCCAAAAAUAUAACUUUAUUAUUUAAAAAACAAACAAGCAAGCCCUGUUCAGAUUUAAAAUGUAAUGCAAAAGUAACUUAGUCAUAAAAAGUUACUAAGUAAUUUAAUAAGUUACUUUUUUAUGGAGUAACGCAAUAUUUUAAUGAAUUACUUUUAAAAGUAACUUUCCCCAAAACUGUGAGUCAUUAUGUCAAAUAUGACACUUAACACGUUUUAUUUUUUAUUUUUGGUUUAAAGGUUCAGUAAACUGUUCCAUUAAAGAAAGAAAAGACACAAUGUGUAACUUUUGGCCCUCUAGCGGUUAAAAUGGGUCUCGCGGAGGAACAUUGUUUUGGUUGUGCUUUGGCUCUGCGCGGAUGAUGUGGUUCAAAGUACAGGACAUCUUGUCAAAGCGGAUGGACAAAAAACACUUCUCUGUUGAUGAUUCAUCUGAGGUUUGCCGUUUGAUCCAAGUCCAUUUCUUCUUUCUCUCAACAGCCAUAGUUUAUUUUCUCUGUGAUCUGACUGGCGGGCGAAAGAUGUCCUGAGUUCAUACCUCCACUCCACCUACCAAUAAAACAUGUUGUGAUCAUGUCUCUCAUCAACAUCUGAUUGCUCCUCUACAGAUGGCUGAACUCACUAAUAAUGACAAGUGAUGUUUUAAGGUCUGGCGUCAUCAGAUGGAUCUGGUCUCAUAGUUGCAGCAGGCAUCUGUAUGAGUGGUUGUGACUUUAAAAAGCUCCUGUAGAAAGUAAGCAUCCCGUCUGGGCUUUGGAAGGAGACUAGGGGGUGGGGAACACUCAUUUCCUGGAAUGUUUGGCUCUUUCACAAUACAUCCAUUCAUUCUGGAGUAUGGUCGGGAGAAUACCAGACGCACAUGAAACAUGGCAUAAGAGCAAGAUGCAUGUUUUAUGGACAGUGCCACAUCAUGAUGUACCUUCAGCCAAAACAAUUAACUUUCUCAGGAGAGGAAAUAAGCCUGCAAAGAUCCAGUUCUCAACGACGAGCGUUUUGUGUUGGAUAAUUAUAGUGUUAGUCGUUUCGAAACAAUACUAUACUGUUGAAAUAUGUACACACGUUUUACAUAAACACAUGGUUGAACUGUAUAUAGCUGCCAACAUGGAACCACAAUCCAAUGCCAUCUUAAAGGAAUGGUUUACACAGACAUGAAUUCACCCACCCUCAGAUCAUCCAAAAUUUGUUUGUUUCUUCAACAGAUUUCAAUGGAUGCUCUUCAGUGAAUGGGUGCCGUCAGAAUGAGAGUCCAAACAGCUGAUAAAAACAUCACAAUAAUCCACAGCACUCCAGUCCAUCAGUGAACAUCUGGAGAAGACAAAAACUGAAACACAUCCAGGAUUAAGAUGUUAUAUGCCCAUAAUCAUUAAUAACUCUUUCUGCAGUGACAAAAUCCAUCUCCUGUUGUCUCUCGCAUCAAAAUCCAUGCAGAUUAGUUUAGAGCGGUCUUAGACUGUUUUGGAUUGUAAACAUGCUUAAUCUGCGCAGAUUUCUUUAAUGAUUCAGACCAGGAAGCAAUGUGAUAUUUAGAGGACUUGUAUUUGUUCUUCACUCAACCAAGCAAAACAAAACACUUAGAAAUAUAAUUUGACAAAACGUAGUGAUGCAAUCUUUACAAUCAAAAAGUGGACAGACAUGUUCUAGUCACGACAGCUGCUUCUCGUAUAACAUUGAUUGUGUGCAAACCAGGAGUGAUGUGAUAAAGCUCCAGGUGAUGAAAGCUGCAGGAUCUCCUUCAUGUGAAGCGGGUUUCACACUGACAGCAGUUUCCAGUGUUGCUGAUUUUCCAGGACAGUAGCUGUUGGUGGUAGCAUCUGACCAUGUGUAAUUCAGCGACCUCUAGUGAUGAAUCACUGUGAAAGCACCUUUAGAAAGAGUUUAGUGCUUCCCAAAAGAUUAGUUAGCUAUCUAUUGAACUCUAGAGGCAACGACUGAAUUAGUUGCUUUUGAGAAAACUGGGUCUAAUCAUUUUUUUUUUCUAUUUCUUAAAAAACUGAAUCUUUUCCAUGGCUUCUUUAGACUAUAUCCCCAUGGAAGCCCUGAAUCUCAUGGGAAAUGUUUGACCGAUAUGUCCAGGUUUUGUAUGAGAUACGCACUGUACAGCGUGACACCGGCAGAGGGACGAUAAUAAAAGGCUUUCUGGUUCCUGAAAUCCGCAGUCAAAUAGACUUCACUGGUGUUUGAAAAGUAGUUUUUUCAGACGUGAAAUAACAACUUAUUGUCUUGAUUACAAAGCGGCACAUGCGCAGCAUCAUCAUCAUCAUCACCACAGCGCGUCGGACAUCCGGGUCACGGCAAGACGUCUGACGUAGGAAGUUCGCGUUGUCUUGUUUCUAAGCAACGAGUGUAAACAUAACUUUUCAAACAUUGAUUUCACUGAACCCGUUUACAUUCACGGAAAACAUAAAUCGUCCACUGACCGCAGGUUGACCACGCUGUUAUUAGACGAUCAACUGAAGCUGUUACAGAGAUUCACACGCUGCAUAAAAAUGCAAACGAUGCCACGCCAUCAAUUCACACAGCAUUUCUGGGAAAAAGAGACCGUAUCGACGAAACUUCCUUCCCUGCACAGAGAGGCCAUGAGCAGACCCUCGGGAACUCAUCACAUCUCCAGAACACACGCGCUAGAAGACCAGGAGCGAACGAUCAGAUCCACGAGAGACGGACAGCAUCCAGAGAUCAUCCACUGGAAGAAACACACACAUCCACAGGAGCAGAGGGAAUACAUUCCUUCACGCAGAGCAUCGGAGAAUAUAUUCCCUCUAAAACCAGUCCUUCACAAGAGAGCGUACAGCCUGAGUAACGUCAUGAAGCCAGAGCAUCCUCGGGUUUCCUCGGGUUUAACUAACAGACACCAGCAGAAGGGUGUAAGGAAACUAGACGCUCUUAAUCCAGAGUAUCUAACAGAGAGAACAAAUCCGACGAAGAGCGAUACGCACCGCGAACAGAAGCUUGAAAAACAAACGUGGCUGGCGAAGGAGAUCCACUCGAAAGAGAUGAUGCUCCAGGAGAAGAUUUCCAAAGUCGAGGAGACUCUGAGGAGAGUCCAGAUCGAGAGGAAGGAGCGUGCAAAGAGAGAUGAGAGAAGUAAAAGGCAUUUGGAAAAGCUAAACGAGGACAACAGGUUCUAUAGGAAUGGAUACGGCGACCGGGAAGAGCAAAGAGACCGAUAUGGGAAUGAAAAGUGGGAAUUCAGAGACAAUAUGGAAAGAUGGGAUCGAGGGAUAAAUGGUAGCCAGAUGGAGAUGAGCAAAGAAAGUGCAAAAUGGAGACAACCAUUGAUGUUAGAGAUGACAAAGGCUCACAAGCUGGAGGAAAUGAGAGAGUGGGAUGAGUACGAACACACAGCGAAACACCGGAGCCGGGAAAUGAGUGACAGGCAAAACAUGGGAUGGGACCAUGUCAGAAGAAGAAGGGAAACACACAACCUCUAUGUGCACAGUGAAGAUGAAGAUCACUGCGACGUGAGGAAACCAAAUCCAUCUGAAUCUGUGAGAAGGGACAGAUCUGACCUGCAGCAUGAGAGGAGAGGAAAUAAAGAGAGUUUAUAUCGACUCACAUCGAAACUCAGGAAGGAGGCCGUCCCGGAGAGAAACCCCAGACGGAGAGGAGAGCGCCUGCAGCAGGUGGAGCUCAGUCUGGAGGAGGAUCUGGACGCUUCACAGCAGCUGAUCCCGUGUGACGUGUGCCAUCGACGCUUCGCUCCAGACCGUCUGGAGACACACAUGAGGGUGUGUGAGAAACAGCGGCCUCAGCGCAAGAUCUUCGACAUGUCACAGUACAGAGCCAAAGGAACAGACCUCGAGGAGUUCAUGAAAACCAACAGCAGGAGCAGAACGCCAGAGCUCAAGAAGAAUAACUGGCGACAGAAACAUGAGGCCUUCAUUCAAACCAUGCGUCAGGGUCGAGGAAGUGUGCUGUCCCAGCCAGUCUCCAAUCUAAACCCAGAAUAUGUGAGCUGCCCUCACUGCGGACGCAGAUUUGCUCCAGGGCCGGCAGAGAGACACAUCCCAAAGUGCCAGAACAUCAGGAGCAGGCCCCCACCUCCCAAACAACCACACAGCGCCACCAGGAGGAAGACCCCGCAGUGACAUGUGCUGAAGCAGCUCUCUGUGAGCAGACACAUGCCACUUCAGAGCAGUGUGAAAUAUCAUGCUGUGUGUGCUUACUCUAAACUACUUUGUCUGGAACACCUUAGAAAAAAAUAGAUUCAUUAAAAUUUUAAUAAUAAUAAAAAUAUAAUUUAUUUGAUUUUUGCUUAAUUUUUUUUUUUACUUAAUUUCCCCAGCAGAAAGAAACACUACUGCCUUGAGCUUGUUAAAUAAUUAUACUCUUGAGCUCAUAAAACACAUUUGUCCUCUGUAGAGAUCUUUCGUUUUCAGUGAAUUUCACUGAACUUUUAUAAUUUCAUAAACUGAUGUUAAUGUAAUUUUUUUAUGUUAAUGUAAUGUAAUUUUGACAACAAUUUAUAAAUGUACCCUUUUUUCAUUCAUGUUUGUUCAGUAUGCAGUGUUGUGAUAUUUGUUCAUUGUUAUUUUUGUUAAUGUAGUUAUGCACCACCUGUCGCCAUCUACUGGUGUAAUGACAUAACAGACAGGAAAAUAAACCAGUAAACAAAUGUUUUUGGUCA